CCGCGGUUUCCAUCCAUCCAUCCAUCCAUCCAUCCCCGAGACUGAUCGAGAGAGAACCACACACACACAAGACUUCCACUCCCAACCAAUGGCGGCGAUCACUGCGCCGCCGCCCCCUCCUCCUGCCCCUGCCGCUGCCUCCACCUCCCACCGCCGUUCCCGCCUCCGCCGCGCGCCUCUCAUCCGCCUUGCCUCCUCCUCCUCCCCCCGCCGCCCAACCUCCUCCGCGUCGUCUUCCUCCUGGUCUUCGUCCUCCUUCUCCGGAGCCGGCAGUGGUGGCGGGGGCGAGAUCCUCCACGUCUCGCCGCCUCCCCCGCCCGCCGCGCCUCCUGGGGCGCCCGUGUACGUCACGCUCCCCGCCGACGCCGUCGGCCCGGGGGGGCGCGUGGCGCGCCGCCGCGCCAUGGCGGCCUCGUUCGCGGCGCUGGCGGCCGCCGGAGUUGCAGGCGUCGCCGUCGAGCUCUGGUGGGGCGUCGUCGAGCGCGAGGGCCCCGGAGAGUACGAUUGGGCCGGGUACCUCGAGCUCGCCGCCAUGGCGCGGCGAUACGGUCUCCGCGUGCGCGCCAUCCUCGCCUUCCACCAGUGCGGCGCUGGGCCGCACGACCCCCUCUGGAAUUCACAUUUGAAUGGGUCGAGGGACUGCAUGUUGAACCUCAAUUUGCACAACUGUGAUGAAAAGGCUCCAAUCUUUUACUCCAUUUGGAUCCCUCUUCCACAAUGGGUUCUUGAGGAAAUGGAUAAGUUUCCAGACUUGUCAUAUACUGAUAAACACCAACGGAGAAACAAAGAAUACAUCUCAUUGGGGUGUGAUAUUCUCCCUGUUCUGAAAGGAAGAUCACCUAUGCAAGCUUACUCGGACUUCAUGAGGAGUUUCCGCAAUACUUUCGAAGAUUACCUUGGGGCCACAGUAACAGAAGUUCAAGUUGGAAUGGGCCCAGGAGGUGAGCUUAGAUAUCCGUUGUGCCCAACUGAGAAGCUAAAUCGGCCAGGCAGCUCAUCGGAACUUGGGGAAUUUCAAUGUUAUGACAAGUUUAUGCAAUCAUCAUUGAGUGCUCGUGCACAGAUUCUUGGGGUGCAAGAGUGGGGGAACGGCGGUCCAACUGGCACAGAUGGCUCACAGAAGAACCUUGAAGAAACUAGUUUUUUCCGCGGUGAUGGAGGAUGUUGGGAUACACCUUAUGGUCGGUUUUUCCUUGAGUGGUAUUCGGGAAUGCUUCUCCUCCAUGGAGAGAGGUUGUGCAUGAUAGCUGAUGCAGUCUUCUCUGGCACUGGUGUGACCAUAUCGGGAAAGGUUGCUGGCAUACAUUGGCACUAUUAUACUUGUUCACACCCAUCUGAACUGACAGCUGGCUACUAUAAUACACUAUUAAGAGAUGGUUAUCUUCCUAUCGCUCAAAUGUUUGCUAGAUACAAAGCUGCAUUAUGUUGCGGUUGUUUUGACCUGAGGGACACAGAAAGAACUGAUUCGGAGAGCAGUCCAGAAGGGACUCUCCGGCAGCUCCUAGGAGCUGCUAAAAUUUGCAAUCUUCCUCUGAAUGGUGAAAACUCUGUGACAAGGCUGGAUGACACAUCCCUGAACCAAGUCAUAAGAAGCUCAAGGCUCUACUCGGGUCGUGCUUCAGGAACAUCUUUUUCCUUCAACUAUGUUAGGAUGAACAAGAGCUUGUUUGAGUUCCACAAUUGGAGUCGAUUUACUAAGUUUGUUAGGCAGAUGUCAGAUGCCAGGACCUUUCUUGCAAGACUAGACUUCAGGAGAGGGCAGCGAUACCUGUCUUCGAUGUCAGUUGUUUGGGUAGUUAGUCGGGCUUGUGCAUAUACAUGAAAGUUGUCAAAUUGAUUGGAAUCAUGUACCUGUAAUUUCAAAAAUAAAUGAUUCGACGACAUGGAAGGAAAAGUUUCGCUCGGUAAAUGGCUCAUUUUAGUUGCCAGAAGGGCAGGCUGGGUUUUUCUCCUGACCUAAUCUCAAAGUUCUGUGUUGUAAAGUGAUAGUUGUCAACAAUCUUUGAUCUUUCUGAGAUGAUCUUUUCUAUGCUUUAGCAUGCCCUGGUGAAUAUUGUUUUAUA